AUGCUAAGAAUGGAAGAGAUGAUUAUGGACCUCAAGUCAAAAGGUGCUGGCGCAGAAACCGGCGAAGUCCCUCAACCCGAUCGAAUUGAUCGAGAGUGGGCACAGCUCGUAUUUACCUACCCACAAGUAGUUUCCGUGUGGCGAGGUUAUCUAUGCUAUCUCAUGGGUCGAUGCGGCGGCUCCAAUUUGAACAGUACUCAAUACGUUGGUGGCGGCCUUUUUGCCAAGAUAGACACAAUCUUCAAGCGUGCCUUGUCCAAACUUUCCGGUAUUAUUUCUGGGCGCAUUCUUUCUCAUCGUCCGUUACCUCAGACGGCUGAACAGACCAUUGAUCUGCUUGCGGAUUAUUGCCAAUGGCUAGUCCAAGCCGGUCACGCCGAGCGGGCGUUGGCGAUCUGGCAACUUGUGAUCGAAUUCAAUUGUUUCCGUCCCCCGGAACUGGAACACAUCACGUACGAUCAAUGCAUGCUCGAAAUGGAAUUGUUCUGGAACAGUGGUGUGGCCCGAUUCGGGCAACCCGGCUCGGAACACUGGUCCGGUUGGUAUCGGUCGCGAGGCAAAUCUUCACAGUCGGAUUUCAACCGAACAAAGGAUAAGAAAUCGGAGAAGAAAUCGAAAAGAGCGAGUGCUUGUGCUUUCGCAUUGGAGGAGAUUCCCCUGGAAGCUUCUCGUGAAGAGUUGGCAUCUAAAUGGUCUAGUGUGACGGAUCGGCUUAAAUCAAUCGCAACUUCUUGCGAAGAUGCGCUCAUGCACAGUUCAACUGACAGUCUCGCGGAGGACUCGGCUCAGAAAAUGGAUGUGGAAGUCGUCCCGUCCGUUCUGUCCGCUGCCACGACCGAUGACCAAUGGGUUCGUCGCGGAGCGGUGCCCUCGUUGACCGGUUGCGCCCCGAUUGGAAAAAGUCGCAUGGUACUUUACCGACGUGGGAAAGCAUGGGUCGGUCUGGAACGCGCUCGUGAAUCGGUCGGAUGGCUUCCGGCCGAUACACUGGCCGUAAACGGUGGUACCGGGGAUAUUGAGGAUGAAGAUCCAGAACGUUUGGUUCUGUUUGAUGAUGUGAAACACUGCCUGUUAGAUUUGACUACCUUGGAUUCACGUUCGCUUGAUUCCGAAGUGAUGGUCGGAGAUAUGACGAGUCGCGUAAUCAAUCUGCAGCAACGUCUAUUGCUUCAGUGUUUGGCUUUCCUCGGUGCAUUUGAUCCGGAAUCGGCUGCUGCUCACGGACUUCCUGCCGAUUUGCGUAUUGUUCAUGAUCUGUCCACUGUGGGUUCAAUUCAACGCCAGAGCCUGGCACCGCUCGCCACACAGAGUUUUGCUCUGUCCGAAGACGUGCAAGAGCCCGGCUCACGUUCGAGGUUCUCGAAUCCAUCCGGGACGCAUCUGGACGCCUGGUCCCAGGCUCGACGAUGUGUCCUCGAUACGGCUGUGGUGCAGGCUGGCCACAUGCACCGUUGGAACAAUUCCGCACGUCAACCUUGGCUAGUGACAAUGGCCCGGUUGCGUUACCGGGUUGCACUGGAACGCCUCGUCGAAGCCAUUCGAGCUCACAGUUUGGAGAGUAAAGUAAGGGGGACGGGGGUAGAGUUGUCUGAUGCUGGUAGUAAAGCCGCUUAG